UACUACUUGACCGCUCUCGCGUGUGUCCAGCGUUGCGAGAAGAAAACAUUGUUUUGGACCUGUACGUGCCAAAACUCGUCACUUUACAAAAAUGACGUCCCGCCUGGAAAAAGAACGUUCCAAGCAAAUACAAGAGAAGUGUCAGAAUCUUUUGAUACUGAUGCUACGCGACGAGGACAACAAGUAUUGUGUCGACUGCGAUGCGAAAGGACCAAGGUGGGCUAGUUGGAAUUUAGGUAUAUUCUUAUGCAUUCGUUGUGCUGGAAUACAUAGAAAUCUUGGGGUUCAUAUAAGCAAAGUUAAAUCUGUUAACUUAGACACAUGGACACCAGAACAAAUAGUGAGUUUACAGCAAAUGGGUAAUUCUAGAGCAAGAGCAGUGUAUGAAGCAAACCUUCCAGAUAGUUUUCGAAGACCUCAAACAGUUUGCAGUCUUGAAAGUUUUAUUCGUGCAAAGUAUGAACAUAAAAAAUAUAUAGCUAGAGAGUGGGUGCCACCACCUUUACCAAAGGUAAAUUGGGAUAAAGAGCUUGAUGAAGAAGCAGAAAGGCAACGUAGACGAAAAAAGGAAAAUUCUAAAACCUCUAGUAAUCAAGCUAUACUUCCUCUUGUAAAAAAGCCAGAAGUAGUGCCUCAGUUGCCGAAACCUAAAAGUUCUGUUAGUCCUAAACCUAAUAGAGCAAAUAAUUCUGCAACCCAAGACUUAUUGGGCUUAGAUGCUCCAACAACAAAUCAAUCAAAUGUAAAUGGUGCAGGAGAUGACAUAUUUUCUUCCUUCUUAUCUGCACCUCCAGCUUCAGUAGCUUCAACUAGUAAUAGUACUUCUAACGCAACUACAAACGCAUCAACAACUGUGAGUAAAAGUGAAGAGGAAAGUUUCUUUGAUCAACCAGCACCAUCACAACAAGAAAAAAAUAAAAUGUCCAAAGACAGUAUUUUGGCUUUGUAUGGUACAUCAAGCCAUCAACAAUCAGCAAUGUUUGGAGUUCCUGGUGGAAUGUAUGCUCAGCAAUCUACUGUUCAGUAUAAACAAGUACCAAACAUGGUACCAUUUGGACAACAAAAUAAUUUUCAAAAUCAACAAAGUUCCUUGACUCAACUUAAUCACCUACCUGCCCAGAUGUCUGUUACAACUAAUCAAUUACCCAUCAAUCAAAAUCAAAUGGCAGUAAAUCCUACCUCAUUAGGACCAGUAGCAUCAAAUUCCUUAGGAAACUGUUUACAUGUAGGCCAGAUAAAUCAAAUGAAUGGUGUACCUAAUUCGGCCAUUACAAUGCAAUCCCCAAUGGUGAUGCAACUGGGACAGUCUAAUAUUAGCAGUAAUAACGGAUGGAGUGGAAUGUUAACACAAAAUCUUCAACCAGCUCCUGGUAGUAAUCCUUUUUUCAACUUAACAUCUCAACAACAACAGCAACAACAACAACAAGUUGUAUUCGGUUCUCAGUUACCGCAACAAAUGGGACAAUUAUCUUUAGGUGGUACAAGUUUUUCGAAUACACCAGGAAAGUCUACUGCUACUGCACUUCCCGGGCAAACACUUUCUACCAAUUUGUGGCAGUAAAACUUUUAUGGUUAUUGUUAGUUUAUUGAUUAUUCCAUUCAGUG